AUGUCAGAAGAUAAGUCUUACUUGGAACAGAGUAAAGACUAUGUAACCCACAAGAAAGACGAGUUGUCUCAUAAGUUCCAUGGAGAGGACAAGAAGGUGGACAAGCCUGAUGAAAACAUCGAUAAACCAGAAUCAAAUCUGGAGUCUCAAAAACCUCGUUCUCAAGCUUUGAAAGAAGAUGUUAAUGAAUAUUAUCAAUCUGCUAAGGACUCUCUUUCUGGAGCAGCAAAAUAUGUAUCUUCUCACAUUGGAGGUGGUGGAAGUGGAGGUACCUCCAAUUGA